AUGUCAAUUAGUGAUGUAUUACAUAAAAUUCUUAAUUUACGAAAACAAUAUUUAACAAAUUUAAAUGCUGAUGAUGAUAAUAAUGAAUUAUCUAAUUUAUUUAAUCAAUUAUUAAAAUGGCAACAAGAAAUAAUAAAUAAAAUAAAUAAAUAUGUUCAAAAAAAACUUGAUGAAAUUAAAGAAAAAUAUUUAGAAAUUAAUCGUCAACAAAUACAUUAUUUAGAUAUAUUAUAUGCAAAUUGUUUAUCAAAUUAUAUUAAUCAUGAUAAUCAAGAACAUAAUUUACAAUUACUUGAACAUCUUAAUAAUAUUCAUUCAUCAAUACAAAUUAUUCAUCCAAAACAAAUUGAUUUUAAUCAAUAUUGUGAAUUAAAAAUUAAUCAUUUAAAUGAUAUACAUAAUUCAAUAUUAUUAAUGAAUAAUAAAAAUUAUUUUAAUUUAUCAUCUUAUCAACUUUUUUCAACAUUACCAAUAAAAUCAAAUAUAACAUCUUUAUUUGCAGUACAUGAUCAAUUACUUGUUUAUUAUGAUCAUUAUACAUCAUCAUCAUCAUAUCUUCAUAUAUUUGAUUUACAAACUUAUCUUGAACAAACAAAUAAUAAACAUUUAUGUCUUAAAUUACGCAUACCAUGUAAACAAUUUCGAGAAAAAAUUAUUCAUAUAGAAUAUUGUUCAUAUUUACAAAGAUUUUUAAUUGCAACUAGUUCGAAAUUAUUUACAUUACAAAUAUCAAAGACAGAUAAAAAUCAUUGUAUUACUGAAUAUUACGAUAUACAUCAUGAAAAUUUUUCAGGUAUUCUUCAAAAAUUUACUUUUCAUCCAAUAUCAUCAAAUUUAAUUUAUUUUCUUAUUAAUAAAUUUUCUCAAUAUAUAUUAAUUGAAAUUGAUCUUAGUGAAAAUUUCAAUAUCAUAAAACAAUGGAAUUAUCCAAAAAUUGAUAAUAAUAAAAAUGAUUUACUAAAAAACAUUGAUAAUAAUAUAAAUAAUUUAAAUAAUCAAUUAAAAACUAUUAAUGAUUUUAUUGUUGGUAAAAAUAUAUUUCUUUUUAUUGUUACAUAUGAAUCAAAUAAUAUUUCAUCUAAUCAAUUUUAUGAAUUUCAUAUACGUUCAUUUGAUAUGAAUUUACAACAUCGUCUUUUAUUAAAUACAUUAUAUUGUCCAUUACAUAUUUUUUUAAUUCCAUAUGAUUAUUCAUCAAUAUCAAAUCAACAAGAACAAUAUAUAAUUAUAUUUCAAAAAAGCAAAAUUUUAUCUCUUUAUAAUAUUAAUAAUAAUAAAUUAGAAUUAAUAAAUGAAAUAAUAUUAGAUAUUGAACCUGAAUAUCUUGGUUUUGCAACAAAUGAUUUAUCUAUUCUACUUAUACGUAAUCUUUUUCAUAUUGCAAUUUAUAAACGAAUAAACAAUAAUACAAUAGAUAUGAAUUAA